CUGAUGUCAGGAGCCAGGAGUGGAAAGACUUUCCGAUUUUUGCUGUUGGAAAAGGGAGGGUUGUUUUCCAGAGGAGUUUACACAAGUCCACAGUGUCCACUCAAAAGUCCUCCCACCUCCACCUCCAAACUCUCACUCGCUUUCUCUGUUCUUUCAUUACAGCACAGCCUGUCCAGGAGCGUGAACCGAAGCAGGAGAAAUGGGCAUCAGCAGCAGCUUUAGCGGUUUAUCUUCACUCGUCUUCAUCUGCGCUCUGGCCUUCUGCAUGGCUCUGGUGCACACAGAAACAGUGGCUGAUUCCUCCCCAACAUUUCAGAAAGACGACACAGUCUCCGGUGAUGGAAGCUUCGAUGUGACGACAAAAGCCCAAGAGCUCAUAGAGAGCACCGUCAUCGCCGAUUAUGAGGACAGCACACACAUAAUAACCCUGGAGGAGGAAGUGGUUUUGGGGCCCGGUGCCAUCGCAGCUAUCGUCAUUGCAGUUUUCCUCGGAGCGUCUGUUCUUCUGGCUCUCAUUGUGAUCACGCUCAGAAAAUUCACCGCCUCCUAAGAAGAGACAUUUGUGUGUUUUGAUUCUUCUCUUCUUCAAUCCCAUCUCUGCCCUUGCUUUCUCUCCUCCGUCUGAACUGUAGUGUCUCAUUGGUGGCAGGUCCUUCAUGAAGUGGCGGUUUGCAGCUGCUCUCUUCUUUCUCCAGUAUAUCUCCAGAGCAGUUGCGGUCAAAAUUAAUUGUGACCAUAAUAUCAAUGUUGAUAUAGUCUUUUAAUUAGGAAUACAUUGGAAAGUUGUAGGAGUUAUAAUAAUUGAUAUUAGUGCCAUGCAGUUUAGAUCCAUUCUUGUGCAACUAGUUUUCUAGCUUGCAGCUCUCUUUUUGUCAUUGUAGCUGAUUUGUGUAAAAUUAUUAUGUUGUUUGAGUCUAAGAUAAAGUAUGUGUGUGUUGGGGUGUGUACAGGUAUUUGGAGAAAACAGAGCAGCCUUUAAUGUUUGAAUUGAACUUUUAUACCUAAACUGAUGAAUUUUUAGGUCACCUUGUGAUUGUUUGCUGACCAGAUAAAAACACCAUUUUUAAACCUCC